UAAGACUGCAAAUAAUUAAAGAAACCGAAAAGAAGAAGUUUGAUAGCACCUUUGUUAAAGAAACAAUGGCUCUAACCUUUUCCCUCCGACGUCAAGAGGUGGUUGACAUCCAGCCUCUGGUUACCGUAUUGAGAGACAGAUGGCCUGCUCUGUUCUUCAAAGAUGAGAUUUGCCGGGAAUUCUACCGGAUUACCAACAUAGACCUCAUGGUAACAUUCCAGUCAUCGCUUGAAAAAUUUACUCCAGCACUACUGAAGUAUUACCGGAAGAAGAAGGAGCUGACUGCACUGCUUGCUCCUCUAGACGACCAGGUGUCAGACAUUGUGGACCUUCGGAAAAGAGUUGCCUUGGAAGGACUACCUCUCGUCCUAAAAGAGGAGUCUGGAUGCCUUUUUCGGAAAUGUUUGGAUACUGAUGCAGAAGACGACAUCUACACACGAGAUGUGAAGAUUGGCAUCCUCACAGUGCUGGAGGAUGAUGUUGCUGCCAAGAAGUCGCUUCCUACGGUAAUAAACAUUGCAAUCGUUCUGGAAGAGACUGUGGUCCUAGAGGACAUUCAAGACUUGCCAUCCGCCGUUGCGUACCUGUUUGGGCUCAUGUACGCCACAAAUAUGGAAUACCCAAAGGACCUUUGCUACACGUUCGAGGUGAUCCAGAGGGUAUUUCUGGAACUUGAUGCCCAGACCUGCUCAUCCAGAACGCUUUCUCUUCGGCGUAAGUUGUACGAACUGUUAAGAUAGGCGUGUGUGUGUGUGUGGACGGACGGACCUUCAGAGAAUGUGAAACCUUGUGAAUCCCAAGACACUGAAAGCACUUAAACACACAAAUAUUCUUUUAUUUGUUUUUCUAUGUUUGUUAUUUGAUAACUGCUCUGCUGAAAUAUGAAUAUAAAAAGUUUGGGCUCAAACUAAGUGCAG